AUGUCUCAAUCUUUAAGUGAAUUUGAUUCUGAAAUUCAAAAUGUUAUAAUUAAAGAAAAAAAGAAAAAACAUAUAGAUUUUACAUGGUUUAGAGAGAACAAAAACACAAAUUUUCGAAGACCGAUUAUAUUUCCUGAUGAUGAAGGUCACAUAACUGAAUAUAUUCAAAUCAAAUUAAGUGAUAAGCAAAACACUCUUCUUGAUAAGAAAUAUCAGAAAUUUUUAAAACAAAACAAGUUUGUUCUUAAUAAAGAUAAUAUUAUUAUCGAAGAAACUAGUAAAGAAUAUUUAAUAAGCAAAUAA